AUGACUGGAAGUGAUGCUGUUCUAAAGGAGGUAUACAACCUUUUGCUUUUACUAUCUGCCAUCACUGAGGUUUUUGGGGAAUUUAGGUCUAGGAAAACUCAACUAGCACAUACCCUUUGUGUUACUACGCAGCUGCCUACAAACAUGAAAGGAGGGAAUGGAAAAGUGGCUUACAUGGACACAGAGGGAUCCAGGAGCUGUGCUUGA